AUGGAAGGACUUGGGGUCUACGCGUCUAGCGAUGACGAGUUAGCACCGUCGCCGCGCUCUACUGAUACAUCAAAUUUAUCACUACCUUUCGUCAACUCAGCGCCAUUUGUGGCUAUAACAGACAGUGAAGAACAAAGAAACAAGACGGCGUUUAUGAUUGCUGCUUCUCAGACCCAAUUAACUGUUAAUCUCCCCAUAGACACAACGUUAGCUCCAUUUGUGGGACCUCAUGGUGGAAAUUCAACGAAUUUAGCGUUGAUGAAUCCUCUUCGUGUCGGCAGUGGUAAGGAGAUAGUUACGGGCGUUGUAGAACACGCAGAGAUGGAGGACUACACAUUUGAAGCACAAUAUCAUACUCACAAUCAGACUAUUAGUCAAAAUCCAAGUCGUCAUCGAGUUAAAGGAGCUCCUCCACCUCCUCCUACUCUUCCUGGAGAGAUAAUACCUGACACAAUUGUCGCUUCAGGUGAGGAAGACGUAUUUACAAGACGCAAUGCCAAGAGAAAGAACCAGACAAGUUUAAAAGCACGAGCUUUAGCUGAAAAUGUAGGCGACGAAAAUGUUACUGGUGUAUGGGCUCCAUAUAAAGAGAAGGGUAUUUUCCUGACCGAUGCCGAAAAAGGUACAAUGAACGAACAGCAAAAGAUGUUGCAAGAGGAACACGAAGUGAAGCGUCGCAAGACUGAAGGGAAAACGGAAAUGGAUGAAGAAAUGGAUUUUGAUAGGAUGGUUGAGAAGAAGUUAUCCCAUUUAUUACCAGCAAGACUUAAGGCUGGACAGACAGCACUAGAAGGAAAAUCGACGUUCUUGGGAGACAACGAGUACGACUACCAAGGACGUGCGUGGGUGGAACCUCCGCGUACACUUAAACCGGACGAUGGUGAUCAUCAAGUGUUUUUACCUAAAAAAUGUAUACACAAGUGGAUGGGACAUACCAAGGGUGUACAAGCUAUCGAAUUGUUCCCAAAGUAUGGACAUUUGCUGCUUUCCGGUAGUAUGGACAACACUGUUCGAAUUUGGGAUGUUUAUAAUGAACGUAAAUGUCAGCGUAUCUAUGAAGGUCAUUCAGGAGCUGUGCGAGGUAUCAACUUUAGUACCGACGGCAAACAAUUUUUAAGUUGUAGUUUUGACCGAUUUAUCCAGUUAUGGGAUACAGAAACCGGACAAGCCGUGCAUUCAUUCACAACACGUCGAGUUCCGUACUGUGUCAAGUUUUAUCCCGUCGACAACACGCAAUUUGUAGUUGGUGACUCGAAUCAUAUGGUCGUACAAUUCGAUACUCGAUCUGGUGAGAUCGUGCAAGAAUAUAAUCAUCACUUGCAAGCGGUUAAUAGUGUGACGUUUGUGGAUGACAACACAAGAUUUGUAAGUUCAUCAGAUGAUAAGAAGGUGCUUGUAUGGGAGUGGGGUAUUCCAGUUCCGAUCAAAUAUAUUUCCGAACCGAGUAUGCAUUCAAUGCCAGCCGUGACGUUGCAUCCAAGUGGGGCAUUUUUUGCUGGUCAAUCUCUAAAUAACCAGAUUGAUGUCUAUACUGCGCGAGACAAGUUUAAAUUGAAUCGGAAAAAGGUCUUUCGAGGUCAUCAAAAUGCUGGAUAUGCGUGUCAAAUCGGCUUUUCACCAAAUGGCCAGUAUAUCAUGUCAGGUGACGGUGAAGGCAAAUUGGUCUUUUGGGAUUGGAAAUCGACAAAACAGUUAAAAAAACUACGUGCACAUGAUCGAGGUCCAACUAUGGGAGCCAUUUGGCAUCCACUUGAGUCGAGCAAGGUCGUCACAUGCGGUUGGGACGGUCUUAUCAAAUAUUGGGAUUAG